AAGAGACGUAUCACAAUAUCUUAAGGCUCAGAUAUUACAAGCAUCUUUGCUUAAAAAAUAAAUAAGAGUUAGAUAAUAAUUAUAAUAAUAAUAAUUUAGAAGCACUCUCUCUGGGGCCAAAUGUUGGGGUUUUCUUCAUUGCAAAUAUUUGCGCUAAGUCUAACAAUAGCAUUAGUAGGAGGAGGAGGAGUAGUAGUUUGCCAUGGUACUGCUACAUACACCAGAAAUGACUUUCCUGCAAACUUCGUGUUUGGAGCUGGCACCUCUGCUUACCAGGUGGAGGGAGCUGCAAAUGAAGAUGGUAGAACACCUAGCAUUUGGGACACCUUCGCUCACAAUGUGUAUCCACAAGGGGACAAUGGUGACGUAGCAUCUGACGGGUAUCACAAGUACCAGGAAGAUGUACAACUGAUGGCAAACAUGGGCCUUGAUGCCUAUAGAUUUUCUAUAUCGUGGUCAAGACUCAUCCCAAAUGGGAGAGGACCUGUGAAUCCAAAGGGCUUAGAAUACUAUAACAAUCUCAUCAAUGGACUACUUAAACAUGGAAUCCAACCACAUGUUACAUUAGUCAACUAUGAUCAUCCACAGGCACUUGAAGAUGAGUACGGCGGAUGGGUUAGUCGAAAGAUGGUAAAGGACUUCAUUCAGUAUGCAGAUGUGUGCUUUAAAGAGUUUGGAGACAGGGUUCAGUAUUGGACUACAGUGAAUGAGCCCAAUAUAUUUGGAGAUGGAAGUUAUGAUGCUGGAAUUGCACCCCCUCAACGAUGUUCUCCACCGUUUGGUAUCACCAACUGCACAAGGGGAAAUUCCUCAACCGAGUCCUACUUGGUUGUUCAUCAUAUCUUGUUAGCUCAUGCAUCAGUUGUAAGAUUAUACAGGGAAAACUAUCAGACCAAGCAACAUGGGUUUGUAGGUCUCACCAUCUAUACUUAUUUUAGUGUUCCAUACACGGACACAAAAGAAGAUAUUAUUGCUACUCAACGAGCCAACGAUUUCCUUUUUGGCUGGGUUCUUGAUCCCUUGGUGUUUGGGGACUACCCCAAGAGUAUGAAGAAAAAUGCAGCCUCUAGAAUUCGAACAUUUACGAAACUCGAGUCCGAAAUGGUAAAGGGUGCGUUUGAUUUCAUAGGAGUAAUACAUUACUGCACUUUCAUGAUCAAGGACGAUCCUACUAACCUGAUGACCGAAGUAAGAGACUUUACUAUGGACAAAGCAGUGAAGGUGAUAAGGGAUUAUGAUUUAAGCGACGGGCUUCCUAUUCGUCCUUGGGGUUUAGAAGGAGUUUUAGAGUACUUGAAGCAAUCUUAUGGAAAUCCACCUGUAUUUGUUUAUGAGAAUGGUCUGCAAACACAGCGGACUUCAUCAUUAGAAGACAAUUCUAGAGUGGAAUAUAUACAAGCGUACAUAGGAGGAGUGCUCAAUGCCUUGAGAUCUAAAGCUAGAUCGAGGUUAUCAAUAGCAAUGGCUGGAGCUUCUUCAUCAUCCUCUAGUUUUGCUGAAAUCCUUACCGAAAUUCCUGAGCUUAGGGGUGAUAAUUUCAAAAUCUGGAAGGAACGAGUUCUUCUUCAUUUAGGCUGCGCCGACAUGGACUACGCAAUAAGGAAGGACGAACCUGCUGCAAUCACUGCGACUAGCACUGCUGCUCAGAUCGCACUAUAUGAGAAAUGGGAGCGGUCCAAUCGCCUCAGCAUCAUGUUCAUCAUGUCCAAGAUCCCUCUGGGAAUGCGUGGAUCGGUGGAGCAACCUGAGAAAGUCAAAGACUUGAUCAAACUGAUCGAUGAGCAGUUCGACACUUCGGACAAACCACUUUACAACAACCUCAUCCACCAGUUCUCAUCCACAAAACUCACCGGUGUCAAAGGAGUUAGAGAACAUAUUUCAAAGAUGAGGGACAUUUCUGCUCAACUGAAGAAACUCGAUGUAGUCAUUCCUGAAACCUUCCUGGUCCACUACAUCCUUAACCAUCUUCCACCUCAAUAUGGGCCUUUCAAAAUUUCCUACAACACACAUAAGGACAAAUGGACUAUCAAUGAACUGAUAACCAUGUGUGCUCAAGAAGAAGCAAGGCUCUUGCAGGAACAAGGUGAAAGUGCUCACAUGGCCACCCAAGGCAAGAAACGCAAACCAUCCAAGAAGGACAAGGGGGAAAAUAAAGUGCCUCCCUAAGGCGAUAUAAAGAAGGAUUCCAUCAAAUGUUUCUUCUGCAAAAAGAAAGGACAUGCGAAAAAGGAAUGCGCCAAGUUCAAGAAAUGGAUGGACGACAAAGGUAAUCCAAUUUCAUUCGUAUGUUAUGAAUCUAAUAUGGCUAAUGUUAAUAUUAACACAUGGUGGAUUGAUUCUGGAUCGACAAUUCACAUUUCAAAUUCCUUGCAGGGUUUACAAAACCUAAGGAAGCCAGUGGGAAGUGAGCAAAGCAUCUUAUCUGGAAACAAGAUGGGCUCACAUGUGGAGGCUAUAGGAACGUGCCAUUUAGUUUUAAGUAGCGGUUUUGUUUUAAAGUUAGAAAAGACAUUUUAUGUACCAAGUUUCUCUAGAAACUUGAUUUCCGUUUCAAGACUUGUACCUUUUGGUUUUUCCUUUACAUUUUCAGACAAAUCUUUUAAUUUAUAUAAUAAAUCUGAAUGUGUUGGAAAUGGUAAUUUGUCUGAUGGUCUUUACUGCCUUAAUUUACAAAACAAUACCGCUUAUAAUACUGUGCACGUUCACGCUGGCAAUAAAAGAUGUGUUAUGAAUGAGAAUUCCUCUACAUUAUGGCACCGGAGAUUGGGACAUAUCUCUAUUGAUAGAAUUAGAAGGUUAGUAAAUGAUGGGGUACUCAAUACCUUAGAUUUUACUGAUUUUGAUACUUGUGUGGAUUGCAUUAAGGGAAAGCAUACCUCCAAGUCUAAGAAAAGUGGUGUCCAUAGGAGUUCUGACCUAUUAGAAAUCAUACAUACUGAUAUAUGUAGUCCAGACAUGGACUCAUAUGGUCAGAAAUACUUCAUCUCUUUCAUAGAUGAUUACUCACGCUACAUGUAUAUCUAUUUACUUCAUAACAAAAGCGAAGCGUUAGAUGUCUUUAAGAUAUUUAAAGCUGAAGUAGAGAAACAAUGCAACAAGCAAAUUAAGAUAGUGAGAUCAGAUAGAGGUGGAGAAUAUUAUGGUAGAUACACUGAAGAUGGACAAGCACCUGGUCCUUUUGCAAAGUUUCUUCAAGAAAAUGGGAUUGUUGCCCAAUAUACCAUGCCCGGUACACCCGAGCAAAAUGGUGUUGCAGAAAGGAGAAACCGAACAUUGAUGGACAUGGUGCGAAGUAUGCUUAGCAGCAACCCUAAACUUCCUAAAUCCUUGUGGACUGAAACUCUAAAGACAUCCGUGUACAUAUUAAAUCGAGUUCCAACCAAGGCAGUCUCCAAAACUCCUUUUGAAUUAUGGAAAGGUUGGAAACCGAGUUUGCAACAUGUACGCAUUUGGGGAUGCCCAUCUGAAGUUAGGGUAUACAAUCCACAAGAAAAGAAACUGGACCCAAGGACCAUAAGUGGAUACUUUAUUGGUUAGGCUGAAAGGUCUAAAGGUUACAAGUUUUAUUGUCCAUCUCAUAGCACUAGGAUUGUGGAAUCAAGGAAUGCAAAAUUUCUUGAAAAUGCCUUGAUUAGUGGGAGUGAUCAAUCCAAGGACUUAGGUUCUGAGAAAGAUCCUUUAGAA